CUGGCUCGCUCGCUCCCUCCCUCGGUGUCCUGGGAGCAAGAGCCCCGGCCCUCGCCGCUCCCGCCGCCGCCAUGUCGGGCCGGUCGGUCCGGGCCGAGACCCGCAGCCGGGCCAAGGAUGACAUCAAAAAGGUGAUGGCGGCCAUCGAGAAAGUGCGCAAAUGGGAGAAGAAGUGGGUGACUGUGGGUGACACGUCCCUUCGGAUAUUUAAGUGGGUGCCAGUGACUGACAGCAAAGAGAAAGAGAAGUCCAAGUCCAACAGUUCGGCAGCUCGGGAACCCAACGGUUUUCCCUCCGACGCCUCCGCCAACUCCUCCCUCCUCCUUGAGUUCCAGGACGAAAACAGCAACCAGAGCUCCAUGUCCGACGUCUACCAGCUCAAAGUGGACAGCAGCACCAACUCCAGCCCCAGCCCCCAACAGAGCGAGUCCCUGAGCCCCGCGCACACCUCCGACUUCCGCACGGAUGACUCCCAGCCGCCCACCCUGGGCCAGGAGAUCUUGGAGGAGCCCUCCUUGCCCGCCUCAGAAGUCGCCGACGAACCUCCCACCCUGACGAAGGAGGAGCCCGUCCCCGUGGAGACCCAGGUGGCCGAAGAAGCGGAAGACCCCGGGGCUCCGCCGCUGAAACGUUUCUGUGGAGAGCGGCCUGCGGCGCCGCCGACGGCAUCCGAGAGCUAGCGGGACCCCUGAGCCCCGCCCGCCUGCCUACCCGGCCCCUCGCCUCUAUUUAUUGGAUUCUGGUUCGGGCCACGCCGCGUCGCUGGUGGGGGAGGGCCCCGGCCCCACAGUCCGGCCCGGGAUCCCGGCAUCACCUCCCUGCCCCCUAGGCCCCUCUCUGCUUGCUUUCCGGCCCCCAGGCCGAGGGCUCCGGGCGGGACGGUCCCAGAGGGCCCGGGGCCGGUCGGAGGCCACACGGGCCGGGGGCCGGGCCGCCCCCGCUCCGCUUGCCGCCUCGGCGGGCCGGGUUGGGGGCGGGGGGGGGGUCUCCCACCAUCGCCGCUCCAGAGCCCAGCUGUCGCCCCCCGGUUUGCAGCCCCUGGCCCGGCCCCUCCCCGACCCGCCGACCCCUGGAGAGACGGGUCGUGGAGAAGGGUCUCCGUCCAGAACCUCCACCCUGAGGCCUCCUGACUGCCCCCGGCUUGGAGCCGGAUACUCACCGGCUGGGCUGCGGCCCGGGGACUUUCCCAGCGGGUCCUGGGGCCGGUGCCAGGGGAGCGGGAGUGGGGAGGAGGAGGGGGAGAUGCUCAGAAAUUCCCCCAGCGGACAAGCCUCCGGGGUGGUCCCGCUCCCGCUCCCUACAGCGGUCCCGUCUCCCGGAGCCCCCCCAGCGGCCUGCCCUCGCCCACUCCCCCCACGGCCCCACCCCGGCCCGUGUCCCAGCAAGAGCUUGUGUGGCCUGUGUAGUGUGGCUACGGCAAUCCCCCUCUGCCCACCCCUCUCACCCUUUCACUUCCUCCCCCACAACCCAGCUCAGAUUUUCGGGAAAACUCCUUUUCUUUGGAAUCUGCAUGUCGAAUCGAACUCUUGUGAUUUUAUUUUUUUCGUUCCAAAAGAAGAAAACAGAAGUUUAAGAGAAUGGAAAUGGGCGACUGUGAGUGAAGACAUAUUUUAGCACUGAAUAGAAUAUUUUUAAAAUUAAACUAUUUGAAAUACGUUU